AUGGACGAAAAACUGAGGACCGAGCCUGCGCCUGGUGUCCACGAGGUGGGCUACACCUCCUUGAUCAAGCCCCAGGCUCGCAAACCCUACGACUCCAGCGUAGCUUUCGAGGAAUAUCUCUAUUAUGCGAACAGAACCCGAGAGGAAGAACUGGGUUUAGUAGCACCGCAUUCCAAUGUUCGGAAGCUCUUUCAGAAGGCCGCCGAGACAGACGCCCAGGAUCACAUCCCAUCCACGGUUCUGACUGAGGCAGACUUUAGAAACCCGGACAGGCGGCUGCAGAUCACCGAUGAGGAAUGGACAAAUGCAAGUCGUGCCUUUAGGUCUGCCUCGACUGGUGCUUGCUUUUUCCUUAUUACCACGGACAUUUUGGGACCCUACGGCUCGGGCUAUACUAUGGGUACCUUAGGAUGGGGGCCAGGCGUCGCUUUCUAUACAGUCUUUGGAUUUAUGGCUGGUUACUCUGGCUAUCUCGUCUACCGUGUCUUUCUUGGAGUUGAUAGCUAUGAGUUUCCCACUCGGAACUACGGGGAUCUGGCGUUUAGAACGGUUGGCCGAUAUGGACGCUAUAUCACCAAUUUUUGCCAAGGUCUCGCACUGCUGCUUCUUACCGGUCAAGUCACGAUUCAAUUUGGACAGAAUAUCUCCCAGAUGUCCAAGUUCAAGUUAUGUUAUGCCGUUUGCCCUGUGAUUUUCGCUUGCGCAGGUUUCGUGAUCUCGCAAAUCCGUACGUUACGGGCCUAUGGAUGGGUGGCAAAUCUAGCAGUCUGGUUGAAUAUCUUUGUUAUUCUUAUGACUAUGGGUGUUAUGGCCAACUCUCCGCCUAACUACGCCGUCGCUAUACUCGGAUCCGCGGGCAGCGCUGUGGACCGGGAUACUAUCCUUCCCGAUAAGCAGGGCAACUAUCCUCCUAUUAUCCAUUACAACAAUAUCCCUCCUGAUGGGCUGAUCGGCUCUCUGAAUGGGAUGCUGUCAGGUGUCCUGGCUUAUGCGGGUGUUCAGCUCUUUGUGGAGUUCUUGGCUGAAAUGAGACGACCUCGCGACUUCAUCAAAGCUAUGUGGGGUGCCCAGUUUUUCAUUUACAGUGUGUACUUGAUUUAUGGCUGCGUUGUCUACCGCCUUCAAGGGCAAUAUAGCUAUAACCCGAGCUACCAGGGAGUGAGCACCUAUGGAUGGCAGACGGCCGGGAACAUGAUCACAUUGAUCGGUGCUCUCAUUGCCGGUGGCCUCUACGGAAACAUUGGUGUCAAGGUUGUCUAUAACAACAUCUUCUUGGAUAUCUUCAAAGCGCCCCCUCUCACCACCCGAGUUGGCAAGAUCAUGUAUGCCAUUCUGUGUCCCAUUUGGUGGAUCAUCGCAUUUGUUAUUGCCGCUGCCAUUCCGGAUUACAUGGGCUUUGUUUCGGUCAUCUCGGCAUCAAUGCUUCUCAACCUUACAUAUAGCUUCCCGCCCCUCUUUGCACUAAGCUUCGAUAUCCAGAAGAACGGCAUUCGACAAGGUGAAGGGUUUGAUCCGAUCACGGGACGAGUCACGAGGGAGGGUAGCACCGCUCAGAAAUAUCUUCGUGGAUUCCUUGCGGGCGGCAUCUUCCAAGUUGGCAUUAACAUUUGGCAUAUUCUUUAUUUCCUCGCAUCACUAUCGAUGUGUGGUCUGGGAAUGUAUGCCGCUGUCACUGGAAUGAUCGACGCAUUUACCACGGACCAGUUGACAUCCUUCACGUGUGUCUCACCUCUCAACCUCAAUCCAUAG